GCGGCGGCCGGGACGAGGCGGCGGCGGCGGCGGAGGCGGCGGCGCGGGGCGCUCGGGCUGAUGGCGGCGGCGGCCGGCCCCGGGACGGCGCUGUCCCCGCGGCCGUGCGACAGCGACCCGGCCACCCCCGGCGCGCAGUCCCCGAAGGAUGACAAUGAAGAUAAUUCAAAUGAUGGAACCCAGCCAUCCAAAAGGAGGCGAAUGGGCUCAGGAGAUAGCUCUAGGAGUUGUGAAACUUCAAGUCAAGACCUUGGCUUUAGCUACUAUCCAGCAGAAAAUUUGAUAGAGUACAAAUGGCCACCUGAUGAAACAGGAGAAUACUAUAUGCUUCAAGAACAAGUCAGUGAAUAUUUGGGUGUGACCUCCUUUAAACGGAAAUAUCCAGAUUUAGAGCGACGAGAUUUGUCUCAUAAGGAGAAACUGUACCUGAGGGAGCUAAACGUCAUCACCGAAACUCAGUGCACUCUGGGUUUAACAGCACUGCGCAGCGAUGAAGUGAUCGAUUUAAUGAUAAAGGAAUAUCCAGCCAAACAUGCUGAGUAUUCUGUUAUUCUGCAAGAAAAAGAACGUCAGCGAAUUACAGAUCAUUAUAAAGAGUAUUCUCAAAUGCAGCAACAGAAUACGCAGAAGGUCGAAGCCAGCAAAGUGCCUGAGUACAUUAAGAAAGCUGCCAAAAAAGCAGCCGAGUUUAACAGCAACCUGAACCGGGAGCGGAUGGAAGAAAGAAGAGCUUAUUUUGACCUUCAGACUCACGUCAUCCAGGUGCCUCAAGGGAAGUACAAAGUGUUACCGACAGAGCGAACCAAGGUCAGUUCUUACCCAGUGGCCCUCAUCCCCGGACAGUUCCAGGAAUAUUACAAAAGGUACUCCCCGGAUGAGCUGCGGUAUCUGCCGUUGAACACGGCGCUGUACGAGCCCCCUCUGGACCCUGAGCUGCCUGCUCUAGAUAGCGAUGGCGACUCAGACGACGCUGAAGAUGGUCGAGGUGACGAGAAACGGAAAAAUAAAGGCACUUCGGACAGCUCCUCUGGCAACGUGUCCGAGGGGGAAGGCCUUCCCGACAGCCAGGAGGAGCCUCUCCAGGGAAAACCGAGAUCCAAGGACAAAGGUGCCGCCCCAAGAAAAGAUGCUUCCAAGCGUUCUGUACUGUCCAAGUCAGUGCCUGGGUACAAGCCAAAGGUCAUUCCAAAUGCUCUAUGUGGAAUUUGUCUCAAGGGUAAGGAGACCAACAAGAAAGGGAAGGCUGAGUCACUUAUCCACUGCUCCCAGUGUGAUAACAGUGGCCAUCCUUCUUGCCUGGAUAUGACCAUGGAGCUUGUUUCUAUGAUUAAGACCUACCCAUGGCAAUGUAUGGAAUGUAAAACUUGCAUUAUAUGUGGACAACCCCACCAUGAAGAAGAAAUGAUGUUCUGUGAUGUGUGUGACAGAGGUUAUCAUACUUUUUGUGUGGGCCUUGGUGCUAUUCCAUCAGGUCGCUGGAUUUGUGACUGUUGUCAGCGAGCCCCCCCAACACCCAGGAAAGUGGGCAGAAGGGGGAAAAACAGCAAAGAGGGAUAAAAUAACUUUUUGACCUCAAUAUUGUAAUACGCAUUUAAAUGAACUAUUUGGUGCCAAUUUAUUUACAACAUUCUCAUUUUUAUUCCAAUAAAAGAUUUUUUUUGAAAUUAA